AUGAAGUUUUUAUUUAGCAUAUUAUUUGCUCUUACUUGUGUUCCAUUCAUUUUUGGAGGUCUUACUAGUUUGAGAAUUCAACAAAACACUCGUGAUUCAAUGAGCGAAAAUUCAAAAAAAGCAUUUGAUAAACAUGCAAAAUCUAUGGCUGAAUUAAUUAAUUUAAGUAAUCAACUUAAUAAUGUACAAGUUUCAAGUGCAGAUGAUAAAAAAGAAAUUGAAAUAACACCAAGAGGAAAUCCAUCUUUGUAUCAAGGAGAUAUGCUUUUAACAGAACAACAAGCAUCUUAUUUAAUUGAUGAAGCAAAAUUAAAAAUAGAAGCAAAAAAAUCAAAUAAAACAGGAAGUGAUGUUGAUAAAGAAAUUGUUGAAAAACUUAAAAAAAAUAGAGCUUACAAAAAAGAUUCACGUUACAAAUGGAGUUUUCCAAUUCCAUACUUUAUUGAAGCUGGUGUUGAACAAACUGUUGUAGAUAAUGCUCUUAAAAAUAUUGCAAAAGAAACUUGUGUUACAUUUAAAAAAUCUGCUCCAUUUAAUAAUAAACCAGGUCUUAGAAUUUAUAAAGGACCAGGUUGUUGGUCAUGGAUAGGACCAANUGGAAUUGCUCUUGAAGUUAAAUUUAAUAAAGAUGUAACUAUUACUGGUCCAACAUUUUGUGGAUCUAUCCAAAAUAAACAAAUAACUGCUGAAGGAUCUCAAUUGCUUAUCCAUUAUGUUGGUACACGUCAAGAUCACUUUUUGGAACUUAAAUAUCGUUCAGUUUAA